AAACACACACGUGAAUGGUGUUUUUUGUUGGUUUGGUUUCUUUCUCUCAUUUCUCUUGCCGGUUACAGACUACCAUCUGUAGUCAGUGGAUGGAACAGACGGGUCACACCUUGACCGGAGUCUGCAGCACUGCCAGGAACUGGAGUGCAAACUUGUAGCUACUUAAUAGCACUGAAUGGCAAGGGCAGGGGCUAAGAACGAGUCAGUUACUGCAGCUGGAGAGGCCAACUCUUACCCUUCCUAGAGCCAAAGCAAACACGACUGAGAGGAGCGAGAGGCCAAGUACUGAGCACGAGAGUCUCUUUGCUCUCUGAGAAGCCUUACGGCAAAGCAAACCAUCCACUUCUUCCUUCAAAGACUCGUGAAGGAACACAUGAGUAUGAAAACCCGUGGACGAUCCCAAACAUACUGUCAAUGGCAAGGAUGGGAUUGGCGCCAGUUCUAGGCUAUUUGAUUGUUGAAGAAAAUUUCAAUGUUGCACUAGGUGUCUUUGUUUUGGCUGGCGUAACGGAUUUGUUGGAUGGGUUCAUUGCGCGCAAUUGGGCUAAUCAGAAAUCAGCAUUGGGAAGUGCUCUCGAUCCACUGGCUGAUAAAAUUCUCAUCAGUGUGCUCUAUGUGAGCCUAACUUGUACAAACCUUAUCCCAGUUUCACUUACUUCCAUGAUCAUUCUGAGAGAUGUAGCGCUCAUUGCUGCUGUUUUUUACGUGCGAUACAAAACUCUUUCUCCACCGAGAACACUCAGUAGGUAUUUUAAUCCCUGUUAUGCUACAGCCCAACUAAAACCAACGUUCAUUAGCAAGAUGAACACAGCGGUUCAGCUGAUUUUGGUGGCGGCUUCUUUAGCAGCUCCUGUUUUCAAUUAUGUGGACAGCGUGUAUCUACAGACAUUAUGGUGCAUCACAGCUUUCACAACGGUAACAUCUGCGUAUAGCUAUUACCACUAUGGCCGAAAAACAGUUCAGGUGAUUAAUAACAAAUGAAGUAUUCUUGGAAGGACCUGGCAGCAUGGUUUGCUGUACUGAAGAAGAUGGUUGUAAUGCAACUGGGUUUGUGAAAAAGAGCUUUGUUUUUCUGCUUGAACCAUGGCAUCGCAUUGAAAUGAAGUUUGAACGUGUAUUGUGUGUAUAUAUAGAGACUUUUCAAUGUAUUUUUAAUUUGUUUAAAGAUAAGGUUCUUUAUAAAAACAAAUAAAUAAUGUUCUUAAACACACGGGUUACUAA